GUUAGAUUUUUCCGGAAUCCGCGUUUUAUAACAGCCGAAGGAUUGCGUGACUACUGAGUAAUUCAUUAAGAUUUUGUGCUUUUCAUUACUUCAGAAAUCAGUGAAAUGGCGACAACAAGAUGGGGAAUACUGGGUGCUGGCAAAAUUUGCCAUGACUUUGUUAAAUCAUUUUCAGAAUAUGCUGCAAAUAAACAAAAUAAUAAGAUUGUUGCAGUUGCUGCCCGUGACAUCGAACGUGCCAGGGAGUUUGCAACAAAGCAUAAAAUUGACAAAGUCUAUGGAAGUUAUGAAGACCUGGCAAAAGACCCCGAAAUAGAUGUCAUCUACAUGGGUAAUAUGCACACACACCAUCUCCAAGAGGGAAAAAUGUGUCUUGACAAUGGAAAGCAUUUGUUGGUUGAAAAACCAUUGACCAUGAAUUAUAAGGAUUCAAAAGAAUUGAUAGACUAUGCCAAGUCUAAGAAGUUAUUUCUGAUGGAGGCUCUGUGGACUCGUUUUUUCCCGGCAAUGGCAUUCAUUAAAGACACAAUCUCCGUCGGAAAGAUUGGUGAACCUAUGUACCUCGCUGCUUCAUUUGCUCUAUUAGUCGGAUCGGAUAGAGAUAUCCAUGACAAUGUCGGCUACGGUGCUCAUUAUUUUUUGGGUGUAUAUCCCCUUCAAGCUGCUCUUGCUAUAUUUGAUGGAAAGCCAGAGAAAGUAAACACAACAGCCGUAAAGAAUAAACAUGGGGUUGUUAUUACGGUGACCUAUACUCUGACGUUCAAAAAUGGUGGUGUAGCACAAUUGAUGUCAAGUUUGGGACACAACUCAACCAACAGGCUCUUGCUGGAGGGGACAAAAGGAAAAAUUGAGAUUCCUCAGUACAUGUGGACUCCAACUGAAGUCAUAGUCAAUGGAGAAAAGCAUGAAUUCCCUCUUCCAGAGUUCAACCAGGCUGACUACAAUUACUCCAGGAGUGUUGGUCUAUUCCAAGAAGUGCCGCCAGUAGCACACUGUAUCAGGCAAGGUCUCUUGGAAUGUCCUCAAAUGCCACACGAGGACACUCUCACGAUGGCCCAGAUAAAUGACCAAGUGCUUUAGAGGAUGAAAAGUUGAGCUGAAUGUAUCUCCAGAUACAUGUAUAUCAUACUCACUAUUUCUCCUGGACAUGUUUGAUGCUUGGCUUUAUGUAAGCUUAAAUGUGCAUAUCAUACAUAAAUUCAUGUAACCAUAACCUACAUUUUGCAUCUACAUUGGGUGUAAAAGAUGUAAAGUAAUGGCCUGCUUGUCCAAUCAAUUGAUAACCUUAUUCAUGAGGUUGGUUCUGAUACUCACAUUUUAACUGCUACUUCCUUUCCUAAUGACAUAAGGCAUUCCAUGACCUGCUGUAUGAGUGUACAUGAUUUUUUUGGUACAAAUACCGGUGUGGUGCAAACAUAUUUUGGUGCUUGAGCAAUGAUGAGUGUAUGGAAUGAUUUUUUUGGUACAAAUACCGGUGCAAACAUAUUUUGGUGCUUGAGCAAUGAUUAUUUUCGCUGAAUAUUCACGAGCUACAUGUAAUGUACAAAAUAAACUACAGGUAGUUU